GCAAACGGCCCCCAGGGAUCAUCAAUUUUGAAGUCCGAAGAGGGUAUUUUAAAUUCGGCGGUCCUUAAGUUAGCCGUGCAUGCAAGAUAGUCGCGUGAGCGAGCGCCCGAUGAGCAGUGGCCGCCCAUCAAGGAAGAAUUUUAAACUUCCGCCCCCAGUACAUGACCUUCCUCCUUGUCAGGAAGGUCGGGCAAUGCUUCAAUAAAUGAAUUAAGGCAGAAACCAGCAUACAUUUUUUAUGGUGGGAGUAGAGGGGGUGUGCGGUUUGGAUACAAACGAAGGAAAUGUGAUGCAUCAGAGGGCGGGUGACAAAAAGUGACAUAACUGAGCCCUUGCCAUGCAUGGGUUUGACCACAACAUGAAUGAAAGAAAAGGGCCGGGGGGGGAAUAAUAACCUGGGAGUGACGACUUUCCCUAAAGGCCCUCUCACAUCUGUUUUUCAAUCACAGUCGCAUUCAAGAAAUGGCACUACUACAGCGUAAGCGGCCGCGACCACUCUCUGGCCAUUCCAAUCAUCAAGGAGUAUUUCUUUUUCCAUCCUUUGAACAAUCGAGACGUCCGAGAUGGGCUUGGGGGGUGACCAAGCGCCAGCAGAAUUACGUCGACGAGAGCCAGACCCAAGUCCCGGCUCCACGGAUCAUCGGACAGGGCACGGCCAUACAGCAAUUUACACGAAGUCAGCCGCUUCGGGUGGUAGGGAGAACGACCAGAAUCAGCCCGUCAGCAUGCAGAAUUGGGUAGUUAGUGAUUGAAUUCUGUUUUUCUGUGUUGAAUUUUUUUUGUCGUUCUCAGUUUGCACUUGUUCUCUUGAGUUGGUCACUUUAUUUUAUCUCGUUUUAUCUUCUUGAAGCUCUUUGUCAAAAGAGGCAAGACAAGGUAUUUCUUUUUAACAGUUGGCGUUACAGCGCAAUGUGCGGUCUCCGUCGCCGCUUGGCUUGGCCCCGCAGGGGGGGGGUUCAUGGAAUGUACAGCGUUCUGGGCUUGGAGCAAAGCCAUUGAUAAAAGUGAUAAAAAUUAGAAUGAAAAAUUUCCUUUGCUUCUCUAAUUUCUAUCUUCCAAUUUUUGUGGACGCUUGUUCCUCGCAGCCAGGCACUGGUGUAAGAAGAGCAUGAGGGGAGGGUUCGGGCAGCGCGAUUUGUGCCUGAAGAAUGAGAAAAGGAGCCGUCUUCUUACCGCUUCUAUGGGAUUGGAUUAAUCCCAAAACAAUCUUGCCCGCAGCCUUCAUAAGUCAAGGUAUGUUUUCUUGUUCCUUUUUAGAUAUGAUAUACCACAAUCAAUGAAGUUUUCUUAAAAUACCCCAAUUGAAAUCCGGACGGUGAUGCAAAUUGUUUUUUUUCCCCGACGAUGCAGGUUGAUUAGCAACGGAAGUACACUGUACGAGUAGCUAAGGCCAAACUGACUGGGUCGUGGACUACUGGCGAAUGAUAUUUUCGCCUCAUGCAGCACCAAUUUUCAUGUGUUUGUUGUCGGUGAUUGAUAAAAUACGCCUCCUCCAUCACUUUGCCGCCAUCCUACCAUCCAUACCACAA